AUGAUCCAAGAGGCACAUAGCCUCUUAUAUCAGUGGACCAGUGUGCUAUGGGGAGAACCCAUACAGGAGGGGGGAAAUCCCUCUCCGAUCCCUGCCUCCGAAGCCACUACCAUCCAGCUACCCAAUACGACGGCGCCAUCAACAGCCUCGAUGGGGAGCACCCCGAAGGCGAGGGCGGCGACCACUGGCUCGAUGCCCGACCCACCGCCGUCGAAGGAUGCGCGUGGCUUUCGACCCGAACGACGAUGUGGAGGACAACGACUCCAGCGACGAGGACUGAACGUGGAAGCUGAGAGCGCGCAGAUGUAG